AUGGGCAAAUCAAAGAAAUCAAAGACAAAUGUUACUGCUUCCUCCAAACAAACUGUCAAAGAUCAAGAAAAGCUAAGAUUUGAAGCAGCUCAGCAGAUUCUGGACACACCCAAUGUGGUCACCUGUGUCAAGAAAGCUGAAGAACUGGUUGUGAAGAUUGUGGUUUCAGAAGAGUCCAUUGCAAAGCUGCUGGGUAUGGAGUUCCAGCAAGGCAAAAGGAUCAAAAACGUUGAUGCUAAUGUUCCUGGGAUGAAGAACUUAGUCAACAAGGCGAUUUAUGACAAUUGGUCUCUCGAGAGGACCAAGUAUGGCAUAAAGGAUCUGAAGCCUAUAAUGAAAAUCUGGCAGAAGAUUUUCAUCUACUGCCUUCACCCCAGAACCGGUGGAACCGAUUACCUUAACGCAACUCAAAAGGUAAUCAUGUAUUAUAUUUCUAAGGGUGAGCCUAUAUGUCUGCCGUUUCUGCUUUUCAACUAUUUGAAGGAAUGUGUUGAGAAGUCAAGGACUACCGCCACUGAGAACAAGAGGUCAAUUUCUUACAUUCCCUAUGGAAGGUUGCUCUCAGAUAUCUUCAUCCAGAAUAAACUAGUCAAGACCUUGUCAGAUCUUGGACUUCAUGAAGAUCUGACCAUGACCAUUGGAGAUGCUCUCAAUGGGACCAAGUUGAAGAGAAUGCAAAUUAUUGAGAAAGUCCAAGUUGAGCCUACAGAAGAUACAUCUGAAGAGGUUCGUCAGAAGAACUAUCCUGUUGAUGACUAUCCUCUCUGGUCCAAGAAGGACAAUCCAGCAAGCAUUCUGGAAUAUGUAAGAAUGCCCAGAAGCAAUGGAGAUAAAAUCACUCUUGAAGAGUUUGUCAGGACUCUUCCUAACAGUCCUCCUACGAUGCCAACAAGGAGAGCAAAGAAAACAACCAGCAAGCCUUCAGAUCAAUCCUCCACUGAAAGGACUUCAGAAGAGUCAUCUGAGGAAUAUCAAUCUAACAGCUCUAUGGAUUCUUCCUCUGGAACUCAAGAAGAAGAAGUUCCAGCUAGAAAAAAUGUCAAGAGGAAAGCAAUUAUUGAAGAAUCAUCUGAUGAGGAAACCGAAGAUGAUGUUCCUCUUGUAAAAAGGAAAGGAUUCAAACAACUCAAGUUGAAAAAGAAGUUGAGCAGGAUGACUGUGAGAUCAUUGAAAAUGUGCUCCAAGUCAUAA